AUGGAUUUCUUCAAGAAGAUCGGUGAGCAUGUUGAGCAAGCUCUGAAGAAAGACGACGACGAUGAUGAGAAGCCGCAUCACUCUCAGUCCCAAUCUCAGUCUCAUGGAGGACAGAGCCAACAGUACGGACAGUCUAGCUAUGGAGGACAAGGCCAGCAGUCCUAUGGACAAUCUGGCUAUGGAGGCCAAAGUCAAUAUGGUGGUGACCAGCCGUACGGAGGCGGCCAGAGCCAGUACGGCGGUGGACAGAAUCAGCACGGCGGUGGACAAUCCUAUGGUGGUGGCCAGAGCCAAUACGGUGGCCAAUCCUAUGGCCACUCUCAAGGCUACAAUGAACCACAAAGUCAUGGCUAUCCGCAAAGCCAGGGACAAUACGGACAGUCUCAUGAAGGCUAUGGAAGUCAACAAUCUUACGGAAAUCAAAGCCAGCCUCAAGGAGGCUACAACCGACCCGAAAGCAGCGGUCGCCCUCAAUCCGGCAACCAGUCUCAGUCUCAUGGAGACCACCCGCAUGACGCUGCUGCUCAGUACCUUGAGAGACAACAAGCUAUCAAUCGCUAUCACUCAUUUGCUGGAGAAUCCAAGGGAAAUGUGAAGUGGUACGUUGAUGGUGCCUCAUACUUCUGGGCCGUCUCCCAGGCUCUCGAGCAGGCUCAGGAAAGUAUCUUCAUUCUUGAUUGGUGGUUGAGUCCUGAGUUGUAUCUUCGCCGCCCACCCGCCAAGAACGAGCAAUACCGUCUGGAUCGCAUGUUGAAGGCCGCCGCAGAUCGAGGAGUCAAAGUUUACAUCAUAGUGUAUAAGGAGGUUGAAGCUGCCUUGUCUCUUAAUUCCUCCCAUACUCGUACUGCGUUGGAAGCGUUGCAUCCGAACAUCUAUGUCUUUCGACACCCGGAUCACUACCCCACUGGCUACGACCUUCAACGCGAACUAGGCAAAACAGUUAAAGCCUUGACUAGUUUUGACCUUUUCAAAGCUUCAGGAGACGCUUUGAAGGCUGUUUACGGUACUGCUGGUGAUGUUGUGUUGUACUGGGCUCAUCACGAGAAGCUCUUGGUCAUUGACAACGGCAAGAUAGGUUUCAUGGGAGGACUGGACAUGUGUUUCGGAAGAUGGGAUACAAACAGCCACCCGAUCGCUGACGCCCAUCCGGGUAACCUUGACGAAAUCAUUUUCCCAGGACAAGACUACAACAACGCGAGAGUUUACGAUUUUGCCGACGUCAAAGACUGGAACCAGAACAAGCUUGAUCGCACCAAGAGUUCGAGAAUGGGUUGGUCAGAUGUUGCCCUGAGCAUGAACGGUCCUAUCACUCGUGAUAUGGUUGACCACUUUGUUGACCGAUGGAACUUCAUCUUCAAAGACAAGUACAAGAAGAAGAACCCAGGAAAGUACCAUGCACUUGAAUUGCCUCAACGGCCCGGUGCCGGAGACAGACGCUCCAGAGGCGAGGACGACCAUUUGGGUGGCCUGACUGAACAGUUCAGCCGUGGUAUGAACAGACUCAGAUCUUUUGGAGAACAUGAUGCACCACGACACCAUGGACGUGAAGAGUCUCGAGGCGGCGAUAUGCCUCACAUUCAAAUGAUUCGAAGCUGUGCUGAAUGGUCAUCUGGUCACCCUCUUGAGCGUUCCAUUCAGACUGCUUACAUCGAGUCCAUUAACAAUGCUAAACAUUUCAUUUACAUUGAGAACCAAUUCUUCAUCACCGCUACCGAUGACAAGCAAAGAACUGUUAAGAACAAGAUCGGCGCUGCGUUGGUCGAGCGAAUCGUCCGAGCCGAUCAUGAAGGCCAGCCAUUCCACGUCUGGGUGCUCAUGCCCGCGGUUCCAGCAUUCGCCGGUGAUCUUCACGACGACGGCGCUCUAGGAACUCGAGCCAUUAUGGAAUUCCAGUAUGACUCUAUCAGCCGUGGUGGAAACAGUAUCAUCGAGAAGCUCUGUAAGGCAGGCGUCCGUGAUCCUAGUAGAUACAUCGGCUUCUACAACCUCCGCAACUUUGAUCGCAUCAACACUUCUAGGACAAUGGCUGAAGCAGAGGCCCGUACUGGUGUCUCUUACGAAGAUGCUCGAAAGGAGAAGGAGCGUGAAUUGGGCGGAUACCCGGACCAGAGUGCAGGAAGGGCAGCGCAACAGCAGUAUCAAGAAAGCCGCGGCGACUUCUCCGGCUCUCGACAAGAGGGUGGGUAUCAAAACCGAGGAUAUGGUGAACGUUCUGAGCGAGACGACUACCAUCAAGACUCUCAGCGAGGUUAUGGUGACAGUGGUAGAAGACAGGACGAUGACUACCGCGGAGGUCACUCAGGUAGACGUGGAAGCGAUAGCGACGACGAUCGCCGCCGUGGUGAUCACCGUCGGGGCAACAGACGCGAUAGCGACAGUGAUGACGACCGCCGACGUGGCGAUCACCGUAAGGGCAACAGACGCGGUAGCGACAGUGACGACGACCGCCGACGUGGUGAUCAUCGUGGAGGUAAUAGGCGAGGUAGCGAUAGCGAUGAUGAUCGACGACGUGAUAACUACGGUCAACAGCAGCGCGAUCCCUACGCCCACCCAGGAGCUGACCCACGCUUCCAGAGACAAGGAGAUUAUUCUCAACAUGGCCAGCGUGAUCCAUACGGCCACCCUGGAGCCGAUCCUCGCUUCGAGUCAAGGCCUCAAGGAGGCUAUUCGCAGCAAGGCUACGGCGGCAGAGACGAGUAUCAAGGUGGUUACUCUCAGCAGAGCCACGGCGGCCGUUCUGACUACGACCGACCUCAGCAUCAGGAGUACUCCAGCUCCUCUCGAUACGACGAGCGACCUGAGCAGUCGAGAUAUGAUGAACGACCUCAAGGUCAAUACCAAGGAGGCUACUCCGGCUCCUCAGGCCAUGACAGCCGACCUCAGCAGCAGCUGCACCAACAGUACCAGCAAGGAGCACAGCAAGUUGGAGACCACACUCUUGAUACAGUCAGUGCUUGCUACAUGGACAACGGUCCUCGAAUCACUGAUCUCCGCUGGGACGGCAACCCCGAGGAUGAAAUCAACGCCUUCGUCUCAGAGGAGCUGUACAUCCACAGCAAGUUGCUCAUCGUCGAUGACCGUCUCGUCAUAUGUGGUUCAGCCAACUUAAACGACCGCUCCCAACUCGGAGACCACGACUCCGAAAUCGCCGUCGUGAUCGAAGAUCCCACUCCCUGCGAGUCUUACAUGAACGGCCGUCCAUACACGGCCUCCCGCUUCGCCAGCUCUCUGCGUCGCUUCCUUUUCCGCAAGCAUCUCGGCCUCAUCCCCGAUCAGCGCUGGGACAAGCCCGAUCAGAACUGGACGCCUGUAGACCGCGAUCCUAACCACUACGACUGGGGUUCACCAGCCGAUCUUCUCGUGCGCGAUCCUCUGCACCCCGACUUCCACCGUCUGUGGACCAACACCGCUCGCGUCAACACCGAAACAUUCGAUAGAGCGUUCCACCCCGUGCCUACCAACAGAGUUAGGACGUGGAAGGAGUACGAUACUUUCUUCUCGCAGUACUUUAUCAUCCCAGGUAAGAAGGACCAGGAUGUCAAGGCGGAGAUGAAGAAGGGCAAGGUUGAGUACGGCCACAUUGUGAAGUCUGAGUUCCCUGGUGGUGUGCAGGAGGUUAAGCAGUGGCUUGGUCGCAUUCGUGGAACGCUUGUUGAGAUGCCUCUUGAUUUCUUGGUUGAUGCUGGAGAUAUUGCAAAGGAGGGUUUGGCGCUUAACAGUCUUACUGAUGUGCUUUACACUUGA